UUUUAUAAAAUGUCUACUUCAGCGGCGCGUAAUUCCCAUGGCCUCCUUAAGCGAGCAUGGAACGAGAUUCCCGACAUUGUUGGUGGAUCAGUAUUGGCGCUCAUAGGAUUGGGAAUGGCUGCUGUCGGUGUGGCCGGAUACUAUGCCAGAGACGGUGAUAAUCGGCGGUAUAAGUUGGGAUAUGUUGUAAUGCGCCCCGAUGAUCCACGCGCAGCAAAAGUUCGGAAAGAUUAAGAUCGGUGAAUUAAAAACUUGGUUCUAAAAAAUGUAAACAAAUGGCGAAAAUAUAACGCAAGACUUAAACUAUCGUA